AGAGAGGGGGGAGGUCUCGGUGACACCGUGGGGUCACGGAGGGGCUACCGGGGACCCUCCCGGUGCCGUCACCGGUCCCGGGGAGACUUUUAUUGCGGUGAAGGGCGUGUCCGUGACGUCACAGGGCGUGUCCCGGGGCUCUUAUCGCGACAGGGGCUCCGAGCGCUGCUUAGUCACGGCCCCCCCCCCAUCCCCCCCGGUCCCGGGGCCGCGGCGUGAACCGGCAGCCCCACACCGCCCCACACCGCCCGCAGACCUCUCCCCAUCCCGCCGCCAUGUCCGGCCCGUCGCCGCCGCUCCGGGACUGCGGGGCCGAGGAGCUGCUGCCGCCCCCAUCAUCCUCAUCCUCCUCAUCCUCCUCCUCCUCCUCGUGCUGCCGGUACCCGCGGCCCGAGCACCCCGCGGCCGCGCUGGCCGCCAUGAACCGGCUGCGGCUGGAGGGCCAGCUCUGCGAUGUGACGCUGCGGCUGCGGCCGCACACCGAGCUGCGGGCGCACCGCGUGGUGCUGGCGGCCGCCAGCCCCGUGUUCCGCGCCAUGUUCACGGGCGGGCUGCGGGAGCGCGGCCAGGCCGAGGUGCCCAUCGAGGGCGUGCAGCCGCGGGCCAUGGAGCGCCUGGUGGAGUUCGCCUACACGGCGGCCGUGGCGGUGGGCGAGCGCUGCGUGCUGCCGCUGCUGCACGGGGCGCUCAUGUACCAGGUGGACGCCGUGGUCAGCGCCUGCUGCGCCUUCCUCGGGGGGCAGCUGCACCCCAGCAACGCCAUCGGCAUCGCCGCGCUGGCCGAGCGCCUGGGCUGCCUGGAGCUGCAGCAGAAGGCCCAGCAGUACAUCUACAUGAACUUCGCUGAGGUCUCGAAGCAGGAGGAGUUCCUCUCCCUGUCCCACUGCCAGCUGGCCUCGCUGCUGAGCCGGGACGAGCUGAACGUGCGCUGUGAGUCCGAGGUGUUCCAGGCGUGCGUGGCGUGGGUGCAGCAGGAGCGGGCGGCGCGGGCGCCGUUGCUGCCGUUGCUGCUGCGCGCCGUGCGCUGCCACGCGCUGACGCCGCGCUUCCUCCGCGCCCAACUGCGCCGCCGCCGCGAGCUGGGCCGCGACGCCCUGCGCUACCUGGGCCGCGUGUUCCGCGAGCUGGCCCUGCACCGGCCCUGCGGGGACCGCCCGCCCGGCAGGAGCCCCAGGGCGCGGCAGCUGAUCUACGCGGCCGGCGGGUACCUGCGGCGCUCGCUGGGCACGCUGGAGGCCUUCGACCCCGAGCGCGGCUCCUGGCUGCGGCUGGCGGCGCUGGAGCCGCCGCGCUCGGGGCUGGGCGGCUGCGCCGUCGGGGGGCUGUUCUACGCCGUGGGGGGCAGGAACAACUCGCCCCAGGGCAACACGGACUCGGCGGCCGUGGACUGCUACAACCCCGUCAGCGGGCGCUGGGCGCCCUGCGCGCCCAUGAGCGUGCCCAGGAACCGCAUCGGCGUGGGCGUCAUCGACGGGCUCAUCUACGCCGUGGGGGGGUCCCACGGCUGCACGCACCACUGCUCGGUGGAGAGGUACGAGCCCGAGCGGGACGAGUGGGCGCAGGUGGCGCCGAUGGGGACGCGGCGCAUCGGGCUGGGGGUGGCGGUGCUGCACCGGCUCCUCUACGCCGUGGGCGGCUUCGACGGCAGCGCCCGACUGCGCUCGGCCGAGCGGUACCACCCCGAGCGGGACCGGUGGCAGAACAUCGCCCCCAUGAACAGCGUGCGCAGCGGCGCGGGGGUGUGCGCCCUGGGGAACUGCCUGUACGCCAUGGGGGGGUACGACGGCACGCAGCAGCUGCGCAGCGCCGAGCGCUUCCGCGCCGACACCGGCACCUGGAGCUUCGUGGCACCCAUGGGACACCGGCGCAGCGCCCUGGGCGUGGCGGCCUUCGGGGGCAGGAUCUACGUGCUGGGGGGCUACGAUGGCCGCUCGUUCCUGCAGUCGGUGGAGUGCUACGACCCCGCGGCCGACGCCUGGACCGAGCUGGCGCCGAUGCCCGCGGGGCGCAGCGGGCUGGGGGUGGCCGUCACCGUGGAGCCCUGCCACCCCCGGGACCCCCGGGACCCCCCCCCAGGACCCCCCCCCACCCGGGGACCCCCCCCCAGGCGGCUCCUGCUGACCCCGGCGCCGCCGCGGGGGUUGGGGGGCUGGGGGGGGGCCGGAUUCCCAAAAUUCCGGAUUUUUCCCUUCCCCACCCCCCCUCCGAACCCAUCCCCCGCCGGCGGCGGAUUGAGGGGUGCAGUGGGGGGGUCGUGCCAGCGAGACCCCUCCCCAAAAUGGCACAGGGGUGUUCCCUGCCCGGCUCGGGGCCGGUUCUGGGGCCGGUUUUGGCGAUUCACGGACAGAAUAAAGGAAAUGACGGAUUUGUGGUUUAAUGGGGAGGGGGUCGGUGGGCUGGGGAGGGGUCACGGCGCCAGCGGCUCCGUGGGCAGCACCGGGGGUCUCCGGGGUCUCCACUCGGUGGGCACCAGCCCCCACAGGUAAUCGCUGACGAAGGUCCCCGAGUGCUGUGCUGCGUCCAGGUCCAGCGGCACGGCGAUGUCGGGGCCGUAGUGCACUGGGGAGGGGGAAA